AGUAUGUUGAACAAGUUGGUGGGCCAGCCACUGGCCCGCUGGGAGUUUCACAGUGCUGAGUUCACCUGUGAACCAAACCAGCUGACUUGCCGCUAUCAAGUUGUUUUUCUUGCAGUCAAGAAUUAGUUGCACAUUAAAGAAGGAGCUUGAUGAAGGCUAUGACUUUUCAAACAUUGCAACUUUCUCUCACAGUUCAAAGACACGCGGGGCGUUAGGUUAAUUGAUGAUUCCUGCGUGUGAUUGUAAGUGUGAACAGUUGUCAGCCUCGUAAGUUUUGGCCCCUCAACAGUCUGCCGACCUCUCCAGAGCAUACCCUGCCUCUUGUUCUAUGACAGCUGGGAGGAGUCAGCAUGGCACAGUAUUUAUUCCACUAAAAUGUAUUUAAAGUUUUGUUUUUUAAGUAUGCUGAGGAUUAAGAUUAUUAAUAUAUACAUCUACUAAGAAAUUACAUGAUAUACUUAAAGAUUCAGUUGCUUAGUAGUCUAUUAAGUAAUGAAUAAAUGAACUGCUUUAAUGUUACUAGUAAACGUUUUGCCUCCUGGCCUUGGAGAUCACUGCCAGUAAGAUGCCUGCUUGGUAAGUGUUCACAUUUUCUUAGCUUCAAGUCGGUGUGAUGGUUGAGGAAUGAAGACACAAGUAUAAAUACAAACAACAAUGCUAUGUAGACUCCACUGGAUUUCAGUACAAAACUCAGUAACUAUAUGUUGCGCUUUUUAAAAGAAUUUUGUUGCAAAGAUAUUUAAUUUCCUCUCUUAUCCCCGCUUGAUUUUCAUUGUAGUUUCUAAUGCAGUUAAUUCAUUUUCAUUUGAAAAUGCACAGUCCUCUAGAACCUUAUCAGGCAUUUUAAAAUAAUGGGAUUGCUUAGGAUCUGCGUGUGUAAGAGAAGGCAGAUGCACACAGUAAAGUUCUUUUUUUGCAUUCCUCGGUGCAAUGAAUAAAAGUAUACUCACUGAGGCUGUAGGCCAGUGUGUACUUCUAUUUAAAAAAAAAAAAAAAACCAAACAAAAAAAAAAGCUGCAUGUCUGUUUGCAGACUGUGCGAGACAGUGGGGCGCAGAAUGUGAAGAGCCUCUUCAGGAAUAAAAAGGAGCUCUGUGGCAUUGGUUUAGAGCUGCCAGCAAGAGACGCCACCAGGCUGACAGAGAUUCACUUUGUGUGUCUGCCUGAUGUAAGUGAAGGAGAAGAUGUCACCCAGCAGGCUCUGUCUUCUCUGUCAGGGGGGCUGUGUGAGCUUCUCAGGUCCCUCCACGUCCACAGCAUUAAGAACGAUGAAGUCCUGCUGCUCAAAGACUCUCGCAGGCUGCCAGAGCACAAGGAUGCCGGACCUCAGUAUUGGUUAAAGACAGUGUGUGUGCUGAGGAAUAGUUCCAGCACCAACGUUUACCCUCAAGCCAGUGUUCCAACUUUGGUGGGCCUGCUGGGGUGCUACAUGGCAGGUCUCUGCUAUACGCUGGAGCUUCAGGCUCUUCAGAGGGGCGCAGCUGAGCCCAACCAGCCAGACGAAGACGACACCAACCAGUCGGUCUCAUCAAUCGAGGAUGACUUUGUCACAGCCCUAGAACAUCUGGAGGAGGACGACACAGGAAACAAUACCUCUGCAGCUCCAUUUAGUCAUUUUAAAAAGCGUGAUGUGGCUUCACAGACAGUCCCAGCCCACAAGAGAAAAAAGGAAUUAUCAGGCUCCCGCGUUAUCAUAAGCUCGUCUUCGAAGAAGUAUUCAGCCAAACACAGAUCUGGUCCUGACGUAUCUGUCACAGUGCAGAGGUCAUCGGGUGUGGAAUCCCAGUGGACUUAUUGCAGUCCUGGAGCUCGUCUCCCCUCACCUUUGAUUCAUGUCAGUGAAUCAGAAGAGUCAGACUGUUCCAGCCCCAGCCCUAUCAUUUUUCUGGAUGAAGUGGGCUACCAGAAGAGCCUGCUGGCCAAACUGGACAUUCCUCAAGUGCCAGGGGGGCCCAGAGAGCGAGUUGAAGACUCAGAUUCGGAAGUUAGUGAGUUUUUUGACAGCUUUGACCAGUUUGAUGACCUGGAUGAGCUCAACUCUGAGAGCUGUACUCUUACUCUGCCUCUGGAUGCGAUUAGUGCCCCAGCAGCACAGAAAGAGGCUGAUGAAUCUGGCAUAAGUACAUCAUCUUUAAAAUAUGUUUCUAGGGGCUGCUCAACCAAGGGAAUGAAUCCUCACCGCUUUGAUCAGCCCACUCUCCCAGCCAAUGUGAAAAAACCCACGCCCCUGAAACCAGGCUCUCCUUACUCAAUUCCCUCUGAGGUGCCGGAUUCCCCUCGGCCUGUACAGACUCCCUCUGAGGAGAACGGUGGUCCCCUCUUCAGUCCUUUGAGCUCCUCUGCCUUCAGUCCCCUGGUGGACUCCAGCGGGCCACUGGAAUACUUCUGGAAUACAGAGGCGGAUGGACAAGAUGACUCUGAGCUACGUAAACCUCAGGAUCUCUGUUCUUUGUAUAAGACCUACUCAGACUUUGCUAGCAGUCUGUCCAAAGAAAUUCUUGGAUCUGUCUGUGGCUACCAGUCUGCUGUUGACAUCAGUGACAACAAGAAUCUCUCCUGUGUCUGCCACAAGGAAUUUAAGAACCCUUCAGGAUACCUGAUGAAACUCUCAGAAAUACAGGAGACUGUAACGGUGGCCAAGCUGCAGAAGAAAUCCCAGUCUCUGAAAGAUGGUAUUCAGAGGUUUGCCAGUGACCUUGUGGAAAUGAGCUUGGGCAGCGCUUUGCGAGACCUCCAAAAAGGGGUGUCCUCCUGCACCACCACCUUGUGCCACCUAGCUGCUCGACUUACCUCCUCAGUAUUUCAAAUGGCCUUCCAUGAGAUUGGCAUGCGACGUGCAUAUGUACUGAAGGAGCGGGCAAUCAACGGGCUGGCCACCUUCCUGGUUGGAGAGGCCGUGUCCGCAGCACUCAAAGAGUUCCUGACUGUGAAGAAGCAGAUUUUCCACAACACUGUAACACGUUUUGCUGCUGAUCUGGCUGAAGAGCUUGUUUUUGAAGGUAUAAUGGAAGUAUGUCAGUUCUCCCACCCCUCAACCCCUCUCACCCCAAGUGAUUGGUCUUUUGGCCAUGGGCAAGAGGAAGAAGAGGAGGAGGUGGUGGUGUCCUCCUAUGCUUCAGACCUUUCUGAGUCUGUCAUCCAGGAGGCCUUCAUAGAGCUCUCUCAGGCAGAUGUUGCCUUCACAAGCCAAGCAGCUAUAAGUGUGUCUGUGGACAACAUCUGUUAUGUCAGUGCAGAUAACACCUGCACUCAUACCUGCAGCACCUUUGCUAACCAGCAGGUUUUAAGUGCAGCGGUCCCAGCGGAGGAUGCUUCUUGUACUGUGAAGAAAGCCCUGUUCACUGUAUCAGGAAUGGCCAGCUGUAUUCCUGUGCCCCAAGCAGGGCAUGCCCUCUCCAACCUCCAGGAUUCCGAGGAGACCACUCAGCAGAAGUCUAGCUUGUCACACACCCCACCGACCAGCCCCAAAAGAUCAACUGUGUCAUCCUCUGACAAUGCCACGUCUCCACUAACGGCCCUUUACAGUCAUGGAACUCAGACCUCUCUACCAGCAGGAGAGCCCUCCCAAAAAAAGUCUUCAUUCCAAAACUUCUCUGGCAACAUGGUGGAUAUGAUAGUAACUGAGGCUUGUGAGCUAUUAACUGCCUCUAAAAUGAAGAAGGGUUUCGGCGACUGUGCUGACUUCCUCACAAAGACAAUCACAAGCCGCAGGGACUCUUACGAUGCUCUGGAUUCCCCUUCAAAGCAAGGAGUUGUCAGGGAAAGUUUUAGAUAUGACUAUACAGAUUCUGGGCAUGUUAGGCUAGGUGGCCCUAUGGGACAAGAAAAUAAUCCUCCCAUUUCCUUUCAGACAGGCACUCUAAACCAGGGGAGUUACCGAUGUGAGCGAGGCCCCAGGACCAGGGGUGUGUCUGAAACACAUCCUGUGAUGAUGAGUACUUUGGAAGUGCCGGGUAAUGAGACGGGUGGACAAAGGAGGAUAUCCGCUACUGUGGAUGAUUCAGCUCCAAACUCUGGACAGAAGUCUGCUGCAACUCCUGGUACUCCUCCUUCCACCCCCCAGCAGCCCAGUGAGGUGUCCAAGGAGAGACAGAUAAAGCAGUUCUCCAAAAAGCUGAAAAGCAAGCUGGCUAAAGAAUUUUCCCCUGCAACACCACCUCCAACCCCUCACUAUCAGCCUGAACUGGGCCCGGGACCAAAAGACACCAUCCCAGAUGCAGACAAGGCAGAGUUUAUGCUCAAACUGAUGAGAUCUCUCUCUGAGGAGGCUGAUGGAAAUGAGGAAGAAGAGGAGGAAGAACCGGCAGAAGAAGGCGGUGUUGGAGUCACUAACACAUGUUCAGAGAGAGGGGGCGGCCGACACACACCCAGCCCGAUGUGUGCUCGCGUAAUGUCCAACAAGGAAGCUCUCCACUAUGCUGAGCGGUUGGCGUGCCACAUAGUCUCCAUGGCAACAGAGAUGGACACCCUAGGAGGGGCAGAAGAGGAGCAGGGAGAGAUGAACCAGGGCAGUGAGAAGAGGAGAGACAGUGUGGCUCAGUUUUCAGAGCAGACCCUCAACUCAUUGUGGGUGUAUGCAGGAGAAGUGGCGGGAGAGGUAAUUAGUGAUGUGAAGAGGAUGGUGAGCUCUGGACAGCAGUGCCCGUAUCACAGAGCUCUCAGAAGAAGAAGCUGGGACAGAUCUAGCUCCGAAUGUUUGCAUUACCACCACAGACAUCACUCUCAACCCGGUACAGACCAGAGCAGAGACUGGAGGUUAGGAAGGCUGGCUGAGCAGUGGUCCAAUGACCUGAUUGCCUCGGUCUCCCAGUCUUCCACCUCUGCUUCAAGCACUGUGUCUAGCUCCAGCUCUGGUCUAUCCUCUGAGUAUCCCAGCUGUGAGAGCGUGACAGAUGAGUAUGCCGGCUACCUCAUUAGGGUGCUGAAAAAGGAAGGGGGGAGUAGGGAGUUAGUCCUGGACCAGUAUGCAAGCCGUUUGGCUUAUCGUUCUAUAAAACUUGGCUUGGCUCACGCCAGUCGUAAAAUAAAGCAGAGAUCCUCUAGUGCACGUCUUCGCUCCUCUAAGUCUCUGCCAGAUGAAUGGAAAUCGUCUUGUAGUAGUAAAACGUCAUCAGCCAAGGAUCGAACAGAGAUGGAUAGAAACACCCAGUGUUGUUGCAGGGACUCUGAAGAGCAGAGUAAGAGGGAGUACAUGGAUCUAGUCCACUUUGCUGAAUCUUUAGCAUAUAAUAUCACCUGUGAUGUCACACGCAAGCUCCAUCUCUCCUCUGUACGGCUGCCAAAGUCUCUCACUGACUCCUGUCUUUAUAAAAAAUCCAAACUGGAAGACAUGGCAGAGAAUCUCAUCAGGAACUCCUUCUCCUGCCCUCUGUUAUCCAAGGAGGGUAAGAGCAAGCACUACCACAGCACAGGGAGUCUCUACGAUCAAGGUUACAGUAGCAAGGUGAUGCAAGUCAUUGAGCAUUAUGCCAGGAAAAUAGUGGAUGACACGCUGAAGAUAAGCAUGGCUUCAGUUGGCCAUUCAUCACGGGAGCACCAAGGCCAUGACAGACACACUCACACACAGAGGCUGUCUGAGGGCCCAGUUCUGGUCCAGGCAAUGGGGGAGAGGGCAUGUUGUUGCUGUCAAGUCCAGGAGUGUCCAUACUGCAGCAAGCACAGCAGGCACCACUACCAACCUGUGCUGCAGAGGAGGAAAAGGGGAGGAGACUGUCAAGCAAGAGUGCUCUCUAGUCUGGAGAUUCCAAAAAUCCACAUCGACCUGGACCACAGGGUGGCAUUUGCAGAGGAGAUGGUGUCCAUGGCAAUGGAUACAGCAAAGCGCGAGCUGAGCAACACCAGCCUUAAUGCUGACAGCGGGAUCGGCCAUGAUGGCACCAGCUACGCUGAGAGCCUCACUGCUGAGAUCAUGACAUCAGCCCUGUCCAACAUAUGCCAGGCUGCCCUUACCAGUGCUUCGGGUAGGGAAACCACUGAGUCCACUGUGUCCCAGCAGCUGAGUGUUGGAGAUGACAGCCUGGGAAGCUGGUCCAACCUGAGCUUUGAAGAUGAGCACCCAGAUGAUAACAGCAGCUUCCUCCACCUCAGUGACAGCAGCAAUGGGAAUAGCAGUAGCUGGAGCAGUCUGGGCCUGGAGGGGGAGGCGUGUGAAGAGCACUUGUCAUUCUCCCCCUCUGACAGUGACAAUACAGAGGACAAGGAGGCUGAGGUCAAAGAGGAAUCAAGUGGGACACUCUGUGUGGACAGGACUCAAGUGCAAACUCCCAGAACUGUGCUGGUCAUAGCAAACUCAGAUCUCACAGAUCCUGGGAGUGGCCCUAAGCACGUCACCCUCGACCCCCAGCUCAGGACCAUGCUACAGUGGCUGGCAGCCUCCAUGGCCGACAUCCCUCAGAUCCAGCUGAGUCCUGACAGAGAACUGCAGCAGCUCCCAGCGGUGGUCCAGAGGCUUCGAGAGAGGAAGUGGAAGGUGGGCGAGCUGCUGCACAUGCUGCUGCGUUACUGUGAUGAGAGCCACAGUCAGCCCGAGGCCAGAGAAGAGGCACUUGAGGCCAGCAAAGAACCUCACUGCAUCUCCCUCUUCCAGUGGCUUCUGGAGCGCACCUAAGGCCUCUGCUUUUUUCCCUCCUUGCUCUCCUCUCAUUAUUUCCAAACAGGGCUUUGCAACCUCUAUGAGCCCCUAAAGGCUGCCCCACAAAUCUGAACUCCCUCUCACAAAUGUGGGCAGCAUGUGUGUUGCAUUGCGUGUAUGGCACGUGUAUGCAUGCCAUCUUUUCCCGUUUUCUUUUUUUUUUCCUCCCCAGUUUCUGUUUUAUUGCUGCAGUUUCAUCAGUUAUCAGGCCUGCAUGUAUAACCCGUGUCGAUUUAAUGAGGUGUCUUCUUUGCUCGCCUACACUCUUGAAUCGAAGGCCUCACACCUUGCUGUGCUUAAGCUACAAGGAGAAGUGGGGGAGGACCCACCCGGUGUGUUUCCAGAGGGAGAUGCAGUGUGUUGGGAGAAAAGACAGACUGGGAAUCCCCACAGCUGCUGGGUGGAUGAUGUCAUCACACCCACACCUCACCUCUCUGGUGGUAUUUCCACAUGUUGAGAGACCAACUGUACACACGCACAUAUGCACACACAAACACAUUUUGAUUAUUAGAACCAAUUCAAAAUACAUGAACACAAUUCCGUUACUGUCUUGAUCCACUAGAGUUGUGCUGCAGUAAGUACAUUUAGCUUUUCUCUAAAUGAUUCACUACGCUGCCAUACAGAGAGGCUGAUAAAACUCUAUUAAGCCCACCUAUGUAGUUUAAUGAACUGUGCUGUCAUUUUUGCGAUGAUGAUCAUGAGCAAAUUUAUUUGGCCACAGAAUAAAUAAGAGUUUUACCUAAUACUGUAACCCUGCUUCUUCUAGUAUCUACUUGGUUGUCAUACUUAGUAAAAUAUUAAAGAGGAGAAUGAGUCAUAGUGAGGAUUUAUUUAAAAAAGAAAAGAAAAAAUAAUCUUUGUGUAUGUAUGUACAAGGAUUAUUUUUCUAUUUCUUUUUAUAGAUGUAAAUAGGAAUAUGCCUUAUUUUUUUGAAGGUAGAGUAUCUAAUCCAACAUGAAAUGCUGCUUUUACUUGUGGAGGAAAUGGUCACUUUGGCUUACCGCUACUAAGCUGGGUGACUGUUCACCCUCUGCAGUUCAGUAGUUAAUUGCGUACGCCGGUCAGCUGUGUCAGUGGCCCUCGUCCAGUCUUGGGGAAGAUCCAGUGACGCAGAUAGCAGAUCGUUGAGUAAUUAAAGACACCGGCUCUGUCUGCACGUCGUAAAACCGCAGGCUAGCAACAUCUGCGUAGCUCAGGCCUGGACUCACACAUUCUGUCACCCACACUCCACAGUCACCUCGAGGAGUCGACGAGUAUGAAUACCACAACUUCCGUACAGUAACCUGCCCCCCUACCCCCACCUCAUCAGUGUAACACACACACACACACACCCUCAUUACUCACCAGCCCCCACAUGCACAGCACUACCAGCUACUUGCUGAGAAGCACUUUUUUUUUUUCUUAUCCCCCCCCUUUUUGGACUUAGCCUGAGGAGAGACUGGGCGUUUCCUAUCCCCGGCCUCCUCUGUGGACCUAAAAUCAAUCUGCAAAUUAAUGGGAUACAUUUGGAUGUUUGUAUUUAUUUAUUGUUGUUGUUGUUUGGUUUUUUUGUUAUGUUCUGUUUUUCCCCUAAUGAGGGACUGAAGGAUGACAUGAUGCUGCAAGGUCGUCAAAUUUAAGUUUGAAACACUGUAAUAUACCACAGUCUCACAUGUAUUAUUAUAAAACUGUGUGUUGUCGGUGGUGUUCGCCUGCAUGGCUCAAUCUAACUUUUAAAGCUUAACAUUGUUACUCUCCUCCUCCUCCUUGUGCUGGCCUACAGUAAUGGUGCAGCAGUGAUUCAUGUGUGUCCACACUGCCUCACAGUAUGCUAGAGGCCUCUGCAGAUGCCUUGUUUGUUCCUGCUUAAAUCUCUAGGCUGCCAUAUGGUCAUAUAAUCUUAAAGGUGUUUGUUCUCUAUGAAUUGUUUACACAUUACAAUAUUAAUAUAAAAAAAUAACAAUGGAAGUGACAUCUGAGAUAGAGAUAGAUAGAUAUAUAUAUAUAUAUAUAUAUAUAUAUAUAUAUAUAUAUAUACAUACAUAUAUAUUAUAAAAAUAAAAAAAAUGGGAGCAGAAAUCACACAUUGAAGUAUUAACCUGGGAGGUGAGGGAGAGUAUAUAUUGGUUUACAUUAAAGGAAUGUAUUAAAAGUCACAGACACUUGAGUGCUUCACUGUACAGAUUCUCUCCUGGUGUGACUGCCUAGUUUGUAGGACUUUCCCAGGUUUUUCCCAGCACCCUGCCCCUCUUCUAUUUUCAUUCUUGAUCUACUUUACAUUCCUGCUCACCCCACAUGACCUACAGUAGCACUAAUGUUGUUGUGUUUGUGAAAGCUGAAUCUGAACCCGCUGAGACUCCUGUUUAGAAGCAGAUGCCGUAAAAUCUGUUUUUGUUACACUCGUUCCCAUUGUUACUUUCUGCCUCCCUCUUUAACUCUUAGUUUGGGGGGUUUAUACAAGAAAAAAAACAACAAAAAAGAUUCGAGAGUUGUACCUUACUUCUUCUCACUUGUGUAUUUUCCUGCUUCCUUGUAAAAUCCUGCCAAACAAAGAUAUUUAAUAAAUUAUAAUAAGUUAUAUAACAGUGAGUUCACUACUUGUUCUCCCAGUGGCAUUGCUAAAUAGUUUGCACAUUCUAAGCUUGAAAUCAGAAACUAUACAUUUAUUUGUCAAAGCUUGGUGUGACAAUAAAGCUUUUUCAU